GUUUGGCCCAGCUCAUGUCCUGCGCUUGCCGCCCAGGUCCUGUGUGGGCAGCCCUCGAACCUUUUUGGAGACUAGGGCUCCGAAGACUCAACUCAUUUCCUGUCGCAUGAAGCUUCUCUUCCUCACUGCAGCUGCCGAAGCCACAGUCUAGGUCGAGGGGACCGUCAUGUCCGGCCUCCCAGUAUGGGCCCCCCCCGUGGGCCUCAGAUCUGGGGCUGGUGAAACCUCCGGGGCCAGCCGGGGGCUGGCUUGGCAGGAACCUGAGAUAAGAUGCUGAGCAGUUAGGGCAGCUGCUCUGAGGUCGGGAGGCCGGGAGCCCACAGGAAGUGACUCGGUGCAGAGCCCAUGUGCCUCUGCCCUGACACCUCCGGGACAGGAACUCAGGCUGUCAUGGAUGGCGGCACGUCGGCGGAGAGCCGGGUGCCCAGGCCGGGCAGGCAGCCUGGAGCCUCGGGAGAAGGUGCGUGGGCCCCCCGGAUGGUGUCCAGCCCGUGGAGCCUGUCCCGCGGGAGAGCUCGUGCGGCCGCCGCAGUCCUCUGCUACAUCAACCUGCUCAACUACAUGAACUGGUUCAUCGUCGCAGGGAUGCUGCUGGACAUACAGAACUUUUUUCAGAUCAGCGAUAGCAAUGCCGGUCUGCUUCAGACAGUCUUCGUCUGCUGCCUGCUGCUCUCCGCACCGGUGUUCGGCUACCUGGGCGAUCGCCACAGCCGCAAAGCCGCCCUGAGUAUUGGGAUCUUGCUCUGGUCGGGGACAGGCCUCUCCAGCUCCUUCAUCUCCCCCCAGUAUUCCUGGCUCUUCUUCCUGUCCCGGGGGGUCGUGGGCAUAGGCUCGGCCAGCUUCUCCACCAUUGCGCCCACCGUCCUGGGCGACCUCUUUGUGAGGGAUCAGCGGACUCGGGUGCUGGCCAUCUUCUACAUCUUUAUUCCUGUUGGAAGCGGUCUGGGCUACGUGCUGGGGUCGGCCGUGUUGCAGCUGACUGGGAACUGGCGUUGGGCCUUCCGAACCCACCCAGGGGAGCUGCUGAGAAGCAGGAAGAGGUGGCCAUGGGGGACCCAAGGAGCAGCUGGUGUGAGGAUGUCAGGUACCUGGGGAGAAAGCCUCGUGGGAGUGCGUCCAUCCAUGUUCCAGGCAUGGGCGGGGAGGCAAACAGGAGUCAACUGCACUCCCAAGCCUCCUGAUUUACUGGAAUGUGGGGCGCGGACCGGACCAGCUCUCUUUGAUACGGAGCCAUGCGGCCGGUGGAGGGCACUUGGAGGAAGCUGGAGUUUUGUGUGGUCGACCCUUGGGGUGACGGCCAUAACCUUUGUGACUGGAGCCCUGGGCUUCUGGGCCCCCAAGUUUCUGUUUGAGGCCCGUGUGGUGCAUGGACUGCAGCCUCCCUGCCUCCAGGAUCCGUGCAAUAGCCAGGACAGCCUGAUUUUUGGGAUACUCACUGUGGUGACCGGCAUCAUUGGGGUUGUCCUGGGAGCAGAGGCUGCGAGGAGGUACAAGAAAGUCAACCCGCGGGCCGAGCCCCUCAUCUGCGCCUGCAGCCUGCUUGCCGCCGCCCUCUGCCUCUUCCUGGCUCUCAUCCUGGCCCGGGUCACUCUCCUGGCCUCCUACGUGUUCCUGGUCCUCGGGGAGCUGCUUCUGUCCUGCAACUGGGCGGUGGUUGCUGACAUCCUGCUGUCUGUGGUGGUGCCCCGGUGCCGGGGGACAGCUGAGGCGCUUCAGAUCACGGUGGGCCAUGUCCUGGGAGACGCCGGCAGCCCUUACCUCACUGGACUUAUCUCCGGCACCCUGAGGGCCGCGCGGCCCGACUCCUACCUACAGUCCUUCCUCAGCCUCCAGUACAGCUUCCUGGGCUGCGCCUUCGUCAUAGCCCUGGGGGGCGGCUGCUUCCUGCUGACCGCACUGCGGCUGGAGACGGACCAGGCCCGGGCUCGGCAGCCUGGCACAGGGACCUCCGACAGCAAGGACGCCGAGAGCCAAGCCCUGCUUUCCAGUACAGGUUCCAUCGCCGAGAACCUCUGAGGCCCCCACACCCCGGCGAGGAGGUCCCACUCCCCCUGCUGCACCCCUCCCUCCGGCCCCACAGCCUCAGUGCCCCAGUGCCCAUCUGGCCCAGGCUCCAGGACCCCGGCUGAGCCGCACCUGCUGCAGCUUCACACCCAGCCGGGGCGCUGGCCGAGCCUGUGGGCUGUGGAUUGAGCUAUCCGCACCCUCUGCGGGAGGCCUGGGCCGCUCCAGCCUGGGGCCCUGCGCCUGGUUCCCUGGGCCCUGAUUCAAGCGUGGCCUGCACAAAGCCCAUGGAUUUCUGAACAACCGAGUUAUUCAGAGCCUCCAGGUGUCUCUGCUGGGAGUGGGGGCAGGAGAGGAAGAGGAGGGCUGCUCCCCAGCCAGGACCACUCCCUCUGCGGGUCAAGAGGGCACAGGACACCCCUUUGCCUGGGUCACCCUCUGAACAGAAAGGGGGGGGUGUUGGAGGGGGGCUUCCACUCUGGUGCUGCUGUGACUUCAAGCCCCCAGGAGAGGCACGUUGGACCCCACAGGGACUCAGCUGCCCUGGGACCAGGCGGGGCUGGGGAGGCUGCUCCAUCCCUGGGGCACAGCGUGUGGGCCGGGCUGGCUCUGCGGGACUCGCUUGCCGCUGGGUUCGGAGCAGCUGGGCGCAGCAGGAGCCCAGCAGCUUCCAGGCCGGCAGCGCCGGGGCUGCAUGUUCUUCCUGCCCCAGGAGCAGGAGCGUCUCUCCACCUCCCCUGGGGCCUGGCCAGCAGAGGCCUGCCUCCCGGCACCAGACUCACGCACCCCUCCUGACCCUUGCUUGCUCUGUGCUCGCCUCCCUGCUUGCCUCCCUGCCCCUACUGCUGGAGGGUGAGCUCUGGGUGCUGGACCCUCCAGCUCAGCCCCACGUCCUCAGCCCUAACCCUCGGGAGUGGCUACCCCGAGGCUGAGCAGCCCCUCACCCGCAGUUUCACCCUUGGAGCUCAUAAAAUGGGCUGCUCCUGAACUUGUGAGUAACAGCCCACACCUAGUCACAUUGUAUGCAGGGGUUCCCACAUCUCCAAGCAGUUUUCUCCUACCCCCAACUCGUUUCUAACCCUGUGUAUCCGGAGAUAGGGUCAGAGUCCUCCUGGGAAGGGCUCAGUCCUACAAAGCUGCUCCCCCAGUCCUGCCCACUGGACGGGCCAAGCACGGGUGCUCGACGUCAGCUGUACCCCUGAGUGGCCAGGGGCAAAAACCCAAGGUCCCCGAGCCCCCUUUAGGUUCUGUUAAUUGGCUAGACCGGCUCACGGAACCCAGGAAACCUGUUUCCUCGCCAGAUCACUGGUUUAUACUAAAAGGUGCCACUCAGGAGCAGCCGGCAGAAGCGAGGGCCAGGACGCGCUGCGGGGCAGGGGCAGAGCCACGUGCCCCCUCCAGAACCCCAUCCACCCGCAUCCCCACGUGCCCACCCUGUCGCUGUUGGCUUUCGUGGACGCUUCAUUACUAAGACACCAUUGAUUAAC